AUGGAACCUCGUCCUGACAGGGUUCAGGGGGCCCCAGAAAUUACAAAUGACUUCCAUACCGCCCUUUCGACCGAGGCGGGGCUCAGCUCCCGCGCUGGCUCUGUUCCGCAAGUCAAUCUCAAUUCCAAUAUCGAAGCAAAGAUCAAAAACCCGUUAAUUGGAAUCCCUCGACGUGUGCUUCUCAGAAAUGUGGACCAUUUCUGUCUCGAGAAAGACCUGGGCGACUACCGUCAUCUCAUCAGACAAGGCGCUCUCGUUGCCCAAGAUCCCACUGGCUAUGAAGACAUCAUCGGCCCCGAAGCCCUCAGCCAAGAGGACGUUGAUUCCUUGCGUGCAGAGGUUCUUCACAAAUGGCGCAUCCCCAAGGUUUUAUACCUGACCAUCAUUACUUGUUCAGUCGGCGCUGCAGUCCAAGGGUGGGACCAGACGGGUUCAAACGGCGCCAACCUCGAAUUCCCCAAAGCCUUUGGCAUCGGAGGCAACUCCAAUCGCGAGAAGCUCCUGGUUGGUCUCGUCAAUGCCGCUCCAUAUAUCGGCACUGCCUUGGUCGGGUGCUGGCUGACCGAUCCCAUCAACUCGUACUUUGGGCGCCGCGGUUCCAUUUUUGUUGCCGCAAAUUUCUGCUUAUGGCCAGUUCUGGCCGGUGCCUUUUGCAACACCUGGCAGCAACUUUUCGCAUGUCGCAUCCUCCUUGGCGUUGGCAUGGGCACCAAAGCUUCGACUGUGCCAAUCUAUGCUGCGGAAAACUCGCCCGCUCCUAUUCGAGGUGCUUUGGUCAUGAGCUGGCAAUUGUGGACUGCGUUCGGCAUAUUCUUGGGGACGUGUGCCAACCUGGGCCUAAUGAAGCUCCUCGAAAAUGUCUGGCGAUUCCAACUGGGAUCGGCAUUUAUCCCGGCUGUCCCGCUCGCCCUUCUCAUCUACUUUUGCCCCGAAUCGCCGCGUUGGUACAUCAAGAAGGGCCGCUAUAGAGACGCCAUGCGAUCGCUGCUCCGGUUACGAAACAGUCCUGUCCAAGCCGCUCGCGACUUGUACUACAUCCAUGUUCAGCUUCAAGUCGAGAAGGAGUUCAUCGGACACGGCGACUACGUAAAUAGGUUCAUCGAUCUAUUCAAAAUUCCGCGCAUCCGCCGAGCCACGCUUGCCUCGUUUAUAGUCAUGAUAGCCCAACAGAUGUGCGGCAUCAACAUUAUCGCAUUUUACUCGUCCGACGUUUUCCGCACAGCCGGCGCCUCUCCUCUGGAGGCACUGUGGGCUACUUGGGGGUUUGGGCUCAUCAACUUUUUAUUUGCGUUCCCUGCUGUGUGGACGAUUGACACGUUUGGACGGCGAUCUUUACUAUUGUUUACCUUUCCACAAAUGGCGUGGACAUUGCUCGCGGCUGGACUGUGUACUCUGAUACCGGGAACAACUGGCCCGCAUCUCGCCAUGGUUGCCGCGUUUGUCUAUCUAUUCGCAGCGUUUUACUCUCCCGGCGAGGGACCCGUUCCGUUUACGUACUCGGCCGAAGUGUUUCCCCUUUCUCACCGUGAGGUCGGCAUGGCGUGGGCCGUGGCGACAAACCUGUUCUGGGCGGCGGUUCUGGGCAUCACGUUCCCUCUCAUGCUCGGCCGGCUGGGGGUGAUUGGAUCCUUUGGGUUUUAUGCAGGUUUCAACAUUGCCGCACUUGUUUUGAUCUUCUUAUUUGUUCCGGAGACCAAGCAGAGGACGCUAGAGGAGCUCGAUUACAUCUUUGCUGUUCCCACCCGGGUCUUUGUGCGGUACCAGACGACCAAGGCGCUUCCUUGGUGGUGCAAACGAUGGCUUCUCUUCCAAAAGCAUGCGAGGCUCCAGCCGCUGUAUCAGCUGGAUGUUGCGGAGCACGAGGAGGAAGAAGAAGAAGAAGAAGAACCAGAAGAUAAUAAAAGCAGCCACGGGGGAGAUGAAAACGACAAGGCCAUGGUGGAGUUGAAAGAUGUAGUGGGAUACGCGACGACUACGAGGACAAGAGAACCGAUGAGGCGAAGCAGCAGCCAGUAA